AUGGGUGGGCUACCUCUAUGGAGAAGCCCAUUGUCACAGCCAAAUGACCGGCUGGGUCAAACAGUCGAAGGCGUGGCCGACGUUACAACCCAAGACGAGACGCUCUUUGAGAACCCUCAGUUUGAGCACUAUGAAGCAACCUCCAAUAUUCAGCUGUUUUUCGAUCUCUUCUUCGUUGCUAAUUUGACCUCAUUCACAAAUGCCCAUGAGAUCAACAGCUCACAGAAAAUGGCCUCUUACGUCGGUUUCUUCUGCAUCUUGUGGUUUACCUGGGCCCAAGUGACUUUGUACGAUGUCCGGUUCGCCACAGACAGUGUUCUGGAACGUGUCGCCCAUGCAUGCCAUUUCGGAGUUAUGGUUGGGCUCGCGAUCAUCGGACCCGAAUUUUUGAUGGAAGCUGAGGGGUGGGGUCCCCUGCAGCAGCUGUCACUUAUCCUAAUGGCGAGCCGCGUGGUUCUAUUCUGUCAAUAUGGUUCAACUCUGUUCUUUGCCUGGAGGUAUCGCGCCACCCGUGUACCAUUGAUAGCAGUGAUGGUGUCCCUAUUCAUUGCCGCCUUCAUCUAUCUUGGUGUAUCAUUUGCCUUCUACCGACGAACGGCUUACAAUGCCUAUGUCGCGUGGUAUGUGGUUGCUGUGAUAGAAGUUGGGGUUAACUUGGCCCUUGCAGCCCAAUGGAAAGCUAUGUCAUUUGAGAAAACACAUCUCGUGGAGAGGUUGACUUGCCUGACACUGAUCAUCCUCGGCGAGGGCAUCAUUGGCCUGACUAAGACAAUUGUCAAGAUUGAGACCUUCGACCUCAAAUUCACCGCUGCUGAUAUUGGCUCUAUUAUAUCGGCAGUACUGGUCAUUUAUUUUGUUUAUCAAAUAUAUUUCGAUAAUGUCCGUAUGGAGCCAUUUGGCUCCGUCCGCCAGCAGCUAUGGUCAAUACUCCAUUUCCCUUUCCAUCUGGCUCUCGCUCUCAUGAUGGAAGGGACAAAUCAGAUCCUAUUGUGCGCUCACGUCGUUCAAGACCUUUUCAAACUGACGGCUCUGUUUUCAGAAGAGGCCCCGACACAGGAUCUGCUCACUACGCUGAAUGAAACAGUUCAUACUGUCUACGAGAGAUACCCCUCCACACAAGCCGUGUUUGACGAGGUCGAAAAGUCUUUGAAUGCAGUCUUGAACGGUGAUGCUAACAACACGGAGGAGACACUAGCAGACGUCAAACUCGUGUUUAGCGAGAUGACCAAAACCAUCAUUGAAGGCUUUGGCUGGGAACCACCAAAAGAAGUACCCGAGGAGGACUUUACUGCAUAUGGAAACUCGAUCGGUACUUCUGCACAUCACGCUGGUUAUUCCCGUUUGCGGUAUAUCAGUAUUGGUGCCAACAUCCUCGUUGGGCUGGGUCUUGCUCUGCUGAGCACCUCGGUCUUAACCGAUGCGGCAGGGAACCUGGGUACAACGCCCUGGACACUUCCUGCGCUCACAUUAAUAUUGCUCGCUUUGCUUCUCUUACACCAUUUGUCGGUUGGGCCUCCGAAGCCUGAAUCAAAGGACAACUAG